CAAAGACGACAGUCGCACAGAACUGGCCGCACAGGUCUUGUAUGGGACACACCGACGAGAUGAGGAUCAAGGGCCAUCCCACGAUGUCGCGCCGAGUAACUGGAGUCCUCAAAUGGUUUGUUUUGUCCUCGGUUGGAUUAUGCAUUCUCGGGCUUACCCUGCACAAGUUCCCGAAGGCGCCUCCUCUCGGAAAAAGGCGGACAAUGUGGUUCGCAUCAAAGCAGAAGGCCCCGCUGUCGCCGUUCUUCGCAGCUGACUACGAUGGGAACUCGUUCGUGAUGCGCGGGAAGCGAGUCCAGGUUAUGUCGGGCGCCAUCCACUACUUCAGGAUUCUGCCAGAGCUCUGGGAGGACCGCCUCACGACCAUGCAGGCGUCCGGUUUGAACACCAUAGAGACCUACGUCGAGUGGAGCAGCCAUGAGCCCGAAGAUGGCCAGUACAACUUCGAGGGUCAGCAGGACCUGGCCCGCUUCCUGCGGAUCGCCCACCGACUCGGCUUCAUGGUCAUACUCCGCCCGGGCCCGUACAUCUGCGCCGAGCGAGACUUCGGAGGCCUUCCGUACUGGCUUCUGCGAAAUGGUUCGUCGAUCCGGGUUCGGACCACGGACCCAAAAUACCUCUACUAUGUGGAUCGAUUUCUCAUUAAAGUCUUCAAGAAGGUGCGCCCACUCCUCGUCAGUAAUGACGGACCAAUCAUUAUGGUGCAACUGGAAAACGAGUACGGAAGCUACGAUGCUUGCGACCACGCGUACAUGGUACACCUGCGGAAGCUGGCGAGGAACCACCUCGGACCGGACGUGCUUCUGUUCACUACUGACGGCUAUCAAAACAAUAUAAUGAUCAAAUGUGGACUCGUGCCCGGAACGCUCACUACCGUCGACUUCGGUACUGAAGUGGAACCUGAAGUGGCGUUCGCGAUGCGGCGGCAUUACCAGGCGGCGGGCCCUCUGAUGAACUCCGAGAUGUACACUGGAUGGGUGGACAACUGGGGUCUGCGCAAGAGUCAAGUCGAGACUUCCGUUCUCGUCAAGAGGAUCCGCCAGCUGCUCGCCAUGAACGCUUCUUUCAACCUGUAUAUGUUUCAUGGUGGAACUAACUUCGGAUUUAAAUCUGGUGCCAAUGACCACAGUGGCUUCCAGCCACAGAUUACCAGCUACGACUACGACGCACCCAUCACAGAGGCUGGCGACGCAACCGAGAAGUUCAAGGCCAUUCGUGAACUCAUAGAUGAGUUUUUCCCGGGUCGAGUGAAAGCGAAAGUCCCGUCUCCGAAGAAGAAAAUGGCUCUUGCGGACAUCACCAUGAAGCGUAUGUUCGGCCUCACGACGCUGCGGCAGCUGAUGUCGAACCGAACCACAAACUCGACCUACCCACUGACGUUCGAGCAAGUCGGCCACGCCUACGGCUUAAUGAUCUACGAGACCGUGGUCACCUCCGACUUCGUGGCACCUUCGAUUCUGAAAGUGGACGGCAUCCGGGAUCGAGGCUAUGUCUACGUCAACGACGUAUUCAGGGCCGUCGUCUCCCGUGCGGACAAAGCUCUCGAUGUCGUCCUUGAGGUCAAGUCCGGGCAGACCCUGUCGAUCCUCGUGGAGAACCAAGGGCGCAUAAACAUAGGCGCUAUCGUCGACCCCAAGGGCAUAGUAAAGAACGUAACUCUCAACGACCGGCUCCUGAGCAACUGGACGAUGCGGCCCAUCGACCUGACCAACGGCGCCUGGCUUCGGGACUACGAGGCACUCCAGCAGCUCGCACCCGCAGAGGAUUCGAUCACGAAUGGCGGGUUGGCGGUGUACGCGGCCAAUUUCACCCUGCCGGAAGGCGAAGGCGUCUACGACACCUUCUUGCUCAUCGAGAUGUUUAAAAAGGGUAUUGCCAUUCUGAACGGGUUUAAUCUGGGCCGCUACUGGACAUCGGCGGGCCCUCAGAAAACUCUAUACGUGCCAUCAGUACUCUUUAGGGACGGUGGCAACCUGCUCCUGCUGCUGGAACUGGAAGCCGUCCGAUGCAAGGCCGAGAAGCCCAAGCCGUGCAGCGUGGACUUUGUGUCCAAGCCACGUUUUGAUGGGCCGCUGCACUGGCCUGCCUAAUAAACAACAUCCUAGGCACAUUGCAGCACAUUUCUCAGAAAGAAAUAGGUCCUGGUCGGGGGAUAGAAACCUGCAGACCUUUCCAAGGCGGUCCCACUGCCAUCUCAGCUGACUAGGAGAUAAGCGCAGGUGGCAACGUGAGACAGAGUUGAUCGACAACUCAAAGCACAGAAACGCUGUCUGCGAAAAUCUGCAAUUGGUGUAGAAGUUUUAUGAAGGGAAGAAAUUGUCAUCCACACAAGAGUUUGUAGCUUUGUGCUGCUGUCGGGUGGGCUGGCAUUUUCUUUCCCUUUCAUUAAACUUCCUCCAAUUUGUGGUUUUCCACAGAAUUGGUUAGUUCAUUCAACUACGUGAAUGUGUAUAUCCAUCGUGAGGUGAUGUGGUUAUAUAUCUGUGCAUAUGUACUGGACACGAGUCUUGGGAGUACUGCCAUAUGCUUACACUUGUUGGAGCUAUCCGAGUACAAAGCUCACAUAUCGUUAAUGGUAUGGCAACUAACCCUUUAAUUAUGGACGAACGUUGCCGAUAGGCAACACAUCAGAAAAGAAAUUGUUUCUUGCCAAGUUUUGAUAUUGAGUACGGAGUUUCCGGCUAAGUGUCUUUGGCCAACACUGACUGACAGGUGUCAAGGGUCAUUUGUUGGCUUAGA